UACUUCUUGCUACUUUGCCUUAUAGUAUGAAAUGUCGUGGAUGUUUGUGAAAUAUUUUUCAUUAUUUCUUACAUACUCAUGGUUUUAAGUGUCAUUGAUAAUUGUAACAUUGGUUUGAUUAUCUCUUGCAUACCAGUGGUCUGAACAUGCCAUGGAUCCAAUGUUUAGUAACCUAGACCAUUUAGCAAAUUGGAAAAGAGAUCGGUUCAAGGGUCAUUGGUUCGACCCAUUGGGUUAGCCAGAAUCGAAUUGUGAUGUCAUAAUUAUGUCAUAAAUACGUUAAAAUUUAUACAUAAAUAUAAAAAAUAUAGGUAAUAAAAUUACAAAAACAAUUACCAAAAAACCUAAAUUUUUUUAAAAAAAUUUCUUAAACAUCCACCAAUAAUACAAAAAUAUAAAAGAAGAACCAAUGCAAGUCUCAACCAAAUUUGAUGUCUCACUUUUAUUUAAAUAAAGUAUAUUUAUUUAUUUUGUUUAAACAUUGUUUUAUAUAUUGAUUUUUUGAAAAAACUAACUUCAAUAAACAUGGUUUAAAUUGUAUAUAGUUGCCCAAAUAUUAACAAAUGUGUUAACAACUCAGUGGUUGUUGGGGCUGCCACUUGUUUGUUGGGUUGAAUGUUCAAACCCCCUCCCCAUCACAUUUUUAAGAGGCAGCAGUGAAGACUGUUAAAGCAGCCAGUUGUGGUGAACCGGCUCUAGUUUGGACGGGUUACCGGUUCAACAGUUGGUUUGAAUGGUUUAGCCAAAUAUAAACAUAAACAAUUUAGGUGGGUUGCCAGGAGCGGAACCAAGCCCGGUUGUCAGUUCAACCGGUUGAGGGCCGGUCUGGUUUUCAAAACCAUGUCAUAGAUGCUUGUGGCUAUCCCUUGCAUCAAAAUAGCCUUUUUAUGUUCCAUCCAUUAUUCUUUGACGUAGAGGAACCCUAGACAAAUUAUGGCAGUUUGUACCAAAAAAAGAAAAUUUAAGACAGUAGUGUCUUCCAUGGAUGAUGAUGCGGUAGGUUUAUACGUAGGAUAGCUUGUAGAUAUAUGGUUUCGAGAUUAGCAACUUUGUGACUUUGACUAGUGAGAAACUAAACAUAAAAUAAGACUUGUUGACCUCUACUAUGACUGGCUAAAAAAUAUAGCAAUUAUGGAAGUAUCAUUGUCUCAAUAAGGAAAAAAUCCAAAAAAACUCAGUUGAAAUUGGUUAGUAACAUAGUUCCUUAGUAAGACUCAAUUGAAGUGUAGAAUAUAAGACAUUAGGGUUAUGGUUAGGAUAGAAGGAGAGAGAAAGAAGAAAAGAAGGAGAAUUAGACAAACAGGUAUUGGGUGUGUAACAAACUCUCCAACUGAGCACAUAUUAAAAUAAUUAAAGAUGAUAUCAUGACAAUAGUACUUUCAACAUAAUAACAUAAAACUCGCUAAUAUUCUAACACUCUCCCUCAAGAUGGAGCAUAUAGAUCAAACAUACCCAACUUGGCAAUCUUUUGUCAGCUGUGGCACAUAAAGCUUCUUGAUGUUCUGAUAUAUCAUCUUCUUGGCAGAAAUUAUUUAUUGUGUAGUUCAUCUGCUGGAGUGAAGUGCUCUCAGUUUUUGGUGCUAGUUCCUGCAACUUCAUUCGAUUAAUGCAGGCAUGUUACAAGCACAUUGGUAUCAUUUUUUUGGUGUCUGGGUGUCAUGUGCACUUCCCAAUAGCUUGGUUUGUUGACACUUUUGGGCGCUACCUUCUCUGUUUUGUCAUAUAUAUGAUAUAUGCGGAUAUUAUGGCUAAUAUGUCUUCCAUGCAGCUUGAGAAUGCAUUACGGGAAAUGUGUGCAGAGCAUGCACAAAUCAAGCUCACAUCUGAGACUAAGUUAGCUGAUGCAAAUGCUUUGGUUGCUGGAAUUGAGGAUAAAUCAUUGGAGGUGGAGAAAAAGUUGCAUGCUGCUGAUGCAAAGCUUGCUGAGGUAAGCAGAAAGAGUUCAGAGUUGGAGAGGAAAUUGCAAGAGCUGGAGGCUCGUGAAAGUUUGCUUAGGAGGGAGCGCCUAUCCUUUAACACAAAGCAUGAUCUAACUCAACUUUCAUGUCAAUGAAUUGUGAUUGUGUUUUUUCUCGUGUUUUAGAAUUUUUGAUGAGAAGCACAUGAGACAACUUUUUAUAAAGAAAAACAAGAUUUGCGAGAAUGGGAGAGGAACCUGCAGGGAACCGAAGAGAUGCUAUGUGAGAAUCGGAGAAUCAUCAAUCAGAGAGAGGAAAAGGCAAAUGAAAUGGACAGGACUCUCAAGCAGAAAGAGAAGGUACUUGAAGAAGAACAGAAGAAGAUUGAAUUGACCAGCGGAACUUUGAAGAAGAAAGAAGAAGAUAUGGACAUUAGACUAUUGGAUUUAGUUGCAAAAGAGGAAGUGAGCUUCUGAUCUAUGUUAGUUGUUUUAUAUAAAAUUGAUGAAGACAUCGAUGGUAUUUUGACAGAAUGCUCUACGUUAGUUGUCUGAUUGGAUUGCAGAAUGCUGAAACCGUUAGAAGCAGCCUGGAGAUUAAAGAGAAGGAAUUACUUGUUUUGACAGAAAAGCUUAGUGCCAGCGAAAGACUGCCAGAGUUCUGUAUUUCAUUCAUAAGUCAGCAUUGGUAUGAUUGAUAUUUGAAAACAACUUGGAUGAUUUGGAAAUGGAAGAAAGGAGGAAAUCUUUUGAUGAUGAAAUAAGAAGCAAGGCAGAAGCAGUGCACCAAAAGGAAGCAGAAAUCAACCACAUGGAGAAAAAACUGGAAAAACAAGGGCACGAAUUGGAAAUGAAAUCAGAGAGACUAAAGGAGAAAGAGAAGGACCUUGAAGCAAAGUUAAAAACUUUGAAUGAGAAGGAAAAAUUUAUCAAAGCCAAGGAGAAAAGGUUGGAGAUUGAAAAGAAACAAAUGCUUUGUGAUAACAUAAGUCUGCAUACUGUCAAAGAUGAGCUUGAGAAGUUAAGGGCUGACAUUAGCCGACACGAACGGCAGAUACAUAAAGAGAGGGAAAAACUCAGAAUUACUGAAGAAGAGAAGGCUGAACAUCUCCGUUUGCAGUUGGAGCUGAAAGAGGAUAUACAGACUUGUAGACUUCAGAAUGAGUUGCUUUUGAAGGAAGGUGAGGAUCUGAAGCAGGAUAGAAAUAAUUUUGAGAAAGAGUGGGAAGCAUUGGAUGACAAGUGAGCUUCAAUUACUAAAGAGUUAAGGGAAAUUGAUGGAGAAAAAGAGAAGGUAGAAAAAUUGCAACAUUCUGAAGAAGAACAAUUGCAAAAGGAGAGACUUGCGAUGCAGGAUUAUACACAGAGAGAAUCAGAAAGUGUCAAAUUAGAGAAAGAAUCAUGUGCAGCCAUGAUGAAGCAUGAGCAGUCAGUUUUAUCCAAAAAAGCACCAAGUCAACAUAGUCAAUUACUUUGUGAGUUUGAGUUGUGGAAAAAAGAUCUUGAGACUGAAUUGCAAAACAGGAAAGAAGAAUUGGAGAAACACCUGCAUGAAAAGGAAGAGAAUUUGAGGAGAGGGAAAAAGAGCUUACUAAUAUCAGCUAUAAGGAAAUGGAAGAAAUGAGAUCUGAAAGGCGUUUAAUGGUAAAGGUAAGGCAGGAAAUUGCUAAGAAGCAGGAAGCAACUGGAAACACAACAACUUGAAAUUCAUACGGACAUUGAUGAGCUUUUUGUUCUUAGCAAGAAGCUUAAGGAUCAAUGCGAAGAAUUGAUCAAGAAAAGUGACAGGUUUCUUGCAUUUGUCAGCAGGCUUAAGAAAUGUAAGAACUGUCUGGAUAUUAUGUGGUACUUUGUUCUCUCUGAUCUCCAUUUACUUGACAUGGAAGAGGGAGAGGCUCUUCCUUUACCAAGAUUGGUAGAUGAAAUUUUGAUGAGCUCUCAGGGUGAUGGAACAAAUAUCAAGAGAUCUCCUGGUGAAAUCAAUUUGAAAUCAGACUCCGGGGGACGCAUGUCUUGGCUCCAAAAAUGCAGCUUGAGAACUUUCAAGUUGUCCCCUAGCAGAACGAUUCAGCACAAUGCUGCCCAAAAUCUGGAAUCACCUUUGUCUGCCGUGGAAGUCAAUAGAGCAGAAAAAGCUGACAUGCCAACUAAAGACGCAAGGGGGCAAAGUAUAGCUUAACAGGGACUAGAACUAUAGUUGGGAUUGCUAAUGCUUCCUUUGAUGUUCAACGAUUUGCAUGUAGUAGAGUUGUUAGAGAGGUGGAUCUUGGUCAUGUUCCAUUUAUUGACAACCAGAACAACAUGGGCAGUAAGGUACAGGACUUUCCAGAAGAUUCUCAGCAAUCAGAGCUGAGGAGUAAUCGGCGCAAACCUGGGAGAAAACCUAAGGUUGGUAUUCAUAAAAUGCGCUCUGUGAAGGCAGUGGUUGAAGAUGCUAAGAUAAUUCUUGGGGAGACUUUGCAGCCUAAUGAUUCUGCUCAUAUCAAUGAGGAAAGUCGGGGUGAUUCCAGCCAUGCUGAGAAAGCUGCUGGCACCACUGCAAGGAAGCAGCAUCGUGCACAAACCUCUAGAAUCACGGGGAGUGAGCAUGAUGACAAUGACAGCAAAGGACAUUCAGAGAGUGUCAAUGCAGGUGACGUAGGAAGAGACGGCAGACAGUUGCUCCAGCUACACAAACUCCGGGGGAAAAAUGUUAUAAUCUCAGAUGACACAAGAUGCAUAGCCGUGGCAUCUCAAGCUUCUUCAGCUAAUAUAAAGAAGAAAACGGAGAAACAUGUUGAUGAUGGUGGCGGUGAUAUAGUUGAAGCAGUACCAAACCUGAAGUUGCUUCAGCAUCAUCAUUGGGAGGUGCUAGUGAUGCAAGACAGUGGGGAUGUUAAUGACAGUGCAGAUGCAGCAAAGUUGAUUGAAAAUAUGGGGUUGAGUAAGGAGGUAAAUGGUUCAUCAGAAUAUGGAGGUGAAGAUGAGAAUGGGAGGGCUUUCAAUGACACUGAUUGAGCCGACACUGAUGACAACGACGAUAAUAAACCAGAGCAUCCUGGUGAAGUGUCAAAAUACGAAAGAAAUCUGGAACUUCUUAACAUCAUGACACACUCCAUUUUUUUGACUUUUCUCAUCACUGGGCAUUUAUGGGGGAAGAUACUGUCUCUAGUUGAUCAUCUUUGAAGUUUUCAAAGACGGAAAAUUUCAUGAUCAGGUAUGGACUCUGGUUGUAGAUGGAGCUUGGAAGGACGAAGGUUGAAGUUCUGCAGUGGCAUGGGUGUGCUUCAACAUGUGGCAGGAGCAUAUUGGGCAAGAAGGUUACUGGCUACAACUUCCGUCUCCGCGGGUGACUGAAGCCAAAGCAUGUUUGGCGGCUUUGCAGUGGGAAGGGCAAAAAACUUCCUUUUGGUAUCUGUUCUCACAGAUUGCCAAGUUUUGGUAGACAUUUUGAAUGGCAAGCGUGACCCAGAUUGGAAUAAGAUAACUAUUGUAAAUGACAUUAAGGGCAUUAGUAGGUUUUUUAAUUUCCUUUCUAUCAGUAAAGUCCCUAGGAAUGCUAUUUGAACAGCUCACUUAAUUGCUAAGUCUGUAAUCAACGUUCAAACUUCUUGAUAUAUGAAUAUAUUUGCUUUGUUCUAAAAAAAAA